AUGUCCGCUUACGGCGCGAUCGCUCGCGCAGCCUCUGGUCCUCUUCCUUCCACGACAUGGCUUGUGCGCUCCAAAGACCCCUCAGCCAAUCCAUCCGUCACCCUUCAUCAUCUCACUCUGCAAACCGCGCGUCAGCAGCCAGGUCUCGUUGAAUAUCUCCACAAAGUCUUUGCGGAUGAACUCGAGAGCGGAUUGACAUACCCUCAAGAAGUUGGCGCGGCAAGCGAGUAUACAGAAGACCAGUUCGCAGCAUACUACUUCGCUGCGGAUGUAAUCGUUGCCGUGGCUAGCACAUCUGGGUCGAAGGAUGGUGCCGACGGCGAGGUCUCUGCGCUCGGGUUCACGGCAGUAGUGAGCGGUAGGAGUUGGGAAGAGUGCAUUGCAGGCUGCUACUAUGUCAAGCCCAAUUACCCAGGCAGAUCGUCUCAUGUAGGUGAUGUUCCACGGCGAGUACAUCUGCCGUUUCUUGGUUCCACCUCUCAGCGGGGCCGCGGCUUUGGGGGCGCCCUAGCGCGCUCAUAUCUCCAUUAUGCUCCGCGACUGGGUUACGAAGCGAGUGUGUUCAACCUCGUCUAUGUAAACAACGUCGCAAGCGUUCGACUCUGGGAAGCACUCGGCUUCGAGAAAGCAGGCCGUAUCCCGCGUGCCGGUCGUCUGAAGAAGGCCGAUGGCUCUGGCGAAGAGUUUGUCGACGCGUGGGUGUUUUACAAGAAAUUCGACAGCUAG